CGAGUCUCUCAGGCGCUUGUGUUUGAGAGGCUGCAGCACUGUUCGUGGCUUCACGCGCUCUCGGUUCCACAGCGGCGGAGCGUCUCGUGCACCUCUGAGCUGGAGAUAAAACACCUGGAGUGGACCGACCCGACCCGACCCGACCCGACCCGACCCGACCCGGAGUGAACGCUUUUGCCACCGCGACAGAAAUGAGUUGGGGCACGGAGCUGUGGGACCAGUUUGAGAAUAUCGACAAGCACACGCAAUGGGGCAUCGACUUCCUGGAGCGCUAUGCAAAGUUUGUGAAGGAAAGGCUGGAGAUAGAGCAAAACUAUGCAAAACAGUUGCGGAGCCUGGUGAAGAAGUACUGCCCUAAACGCUCCAAAGAUGAUGAGCCCAGGUUCACGUCAUGCCUGUCAUUCUACUCCAUCUUGAAUGAGCUGAAUGACUAUGCGGGUCAGCGAGAGGUCGUUGCCGAGGAAAUGGGCCACAGGGUGUACGGGGAACUGCUGAGAUACUCGCAAGAACUGAAAGCUGAAAGGAAACACCACCUCCAGGAGGGACGGAAGGCCCAGCAGUAUUUGGAGCAGUGCUGGAAACAGAUGGACAAUAGCAAGAAGAAGUUUGAGCGAGAGUGCAGAGAAGCUGAGAAAUCCCAGAUGCUCUUUGAGAGGUUAGACAACGACAUCAAUGCCACAAAGUCAGAGGUAGAGAAGGCCAAGUCCCAGCUGUAUUUGAGAACCCACAUGGCGGAUGAGAGUAAGAAUGAAUAUGCAGCUCAGCUGCAAAACUUCAACUCAGAACAGUGGAAGCACUUCAAUGUGGCCAUCCCACAGAUCUUCAAGAAUAUACAGGACAUGGACGAGCGUCGGACGGUGAAACUGGGAGAGACAUACCGGACCUUUGCUGAGGUGGAGAGGAAAGUCAUCCCAAUCAUUUCCAAGUGCUUAGAGGGCAUGGUGACCGCUGCCAAAAAUGUCGAUGAGCGCAAGGACUCCUCAAUCGUGGUCGAGUCAUUUAAGUCUGGGUUUGAGCCACCAACUGACUUUCCCUUUGAGGACUUCAGCCAGAACAUCCAGCGCACAGGGUCAGACGGCACCAUCGGUACUCCCAGAAGUGACCCGGGCAGACCUGACCCCAAGCACGCAAUUGGAAAAGCCAAGAACAAACUCUGGUUGUUUGGAAAAAAGCCCAAGGCUCCAAACCUCGAGGAUCUCAGCCACCUGCCUCCAGAACAGAGACGCAAGAAACUUCAACAGAGGAUUGACGAGCUCAGCAGAGAACUGCAGAAAGAAAUGGACCAAAGAGAUGCAUUAAAUAAAAUGAAGGAUGUCUAUGAGAAGAAUCCUCAGAUGGGUGACCCAGGGAGUCUCCAGCCCAAGAUCUCGGAGACCAUAUGCAACAUGGAGAAACUGCGCUCGGAGAUACACAAAAAUGAGACAUGGCUGGCAGAAGUGGAGGGGAAACAGAGUUCCCGUAGCGAACAGCGGCCCAGUUCAGAUGUGAAUCAUCAUGCACCUCAUGGCAGAGAGAGUCCUGAAGGAAGCUACACGGAUAUUCCCAACCAGGAGCACCGGGCUCCCCCCCAGUCUGACCAGCAUGAGUUUGAUGAUGAGUUUGAAGAUGAUGAUCCCCUUCCUGCAAUUGGUCACUGCAAAGCACUCUACUCUUUUGAUGGCUCUAAUGAGGGCACAUUGGUGAUGAAGGAGGAUGAGGUGCUGUAUAUUAUCGAGGAGGACAAAGGCGAUGGCUGGACGCGAGUUCGUAAGCAGAGCGGUGAGGAGGGUUAUGUUCCCACGUCCUACGUGGCGAUCACGAUGGAGAAGCACAGCAAAGGUGCGGUCACCUAUAUUUGAGCUCAUCUGAGGCACAGUUUCCCAGACGUGCUUGUCUUGUUGACUGUUGGUAUUGGCAGCACUGUAGCCUGCGUCAUACCCUGUUCACUGUGUGAGCCCAUGGACAAACACACACACUGGGUAAAGUGACCUUGACUAUGUUUACUUCAGUGGCAGGUUACUUUCCAUUUCACAUUUCAGAUUUUAUUGGCUUUAUGAAGUGUUCUCAGUUCUCCACUUGGAUUAUUAGCUUUGUCUGUCAUUUAAAGUGACCUUAUGUCUCAGUAAUGCAUUAGGAUAAGAUUUCAUUCUUAAUGAACAAUAUUUUCAGUAAGUAUUACUGAAAUGGACCUGCGGUUACUGUUCCUAGAAGUGUUUCAGGUGCCACCUUGCCAUCUGUGCUCAAGCCAUUAGAAGUCCAAAUCCUUGAGGAACGUGGAAGCGUAAAACUGUGUGUUGAGUACACAAACUUGGAGCAUUUUUGUGGUCUAUACUGUGAUUUCUGGCCAAAUUUACGUGCUGCAUCACUAAUCUUCAGAUCGUUAUAUGAUGAAUCUCAGGAUCGCCAGUAUAUCUGUGAUAGUCUCUAUAUAGGCCCUCAGUCCUUUCUAGUUGUUUUGUGUGAGUGAUGGUCCUCUCUUUCCUCUCUCUGUGGCUGCAGGUUCCUGAGUGGAUGAGUGGGGCUCUGUGGUGUUGGUGGAAGGGACACGCUGCUCUGGGUCUAUUAGUAGGUAGUGCGGGGGGGGGUCAGCUGAAAGAGACAGGAACGGAGCAAAGCAAGCAGGUUGCAUGUUUGCAUGCUGACUCGCAUUUCCAUUAACAUCAUUUAGAUUCAGCAGAAGCUUGUGACUAUAGAUGUGUUAGUAGAGGGGAGAGGGAUGGAAUAGGGUGGGGGUGUAAAGUGAGGAAUCAGCUGCAUGGUAGAAAGAGUAGGAAGCCCAAAGAGCUGAUCUAACCUGAUGCAUUUAUCCUAAACUGUGCCUGACCCUAACAUUUCACCUUGUUGCACUCCAUUCCAGCGCUGUCAUAGGAAUGUGUUCCUGUGGCAUCCCUUUUGCUUGCCUUAACAUGCAUGACAUGAACAUCUCACUCCCUCUCUUAGGGCUGACCCGUCAGCACGUGGUAGGAUGUAACCACUUCUUCUAAUCCUUCAUCACCCCGUUUCUGUGAUGUCUUGUUUAUAUCAUUUAUUGCAUAUUUUUUCCCCCCCAUCGUGUCUAUAUCCAUCCACAAUAACACAUCGAUCAUGAAUGCUAAAUAUAGCAUGAAUGAACCAGAGUAGACGCAGGACUGGACCACAGCAGCCCUAUCACCAAUCACCAACAUAAUUAUAACCGACUGGCAGUUCUCUCAGUGUGCGCUGUGGAUCAAAAUACCACCUUGGACCAAUAGAUGGUGACACGUCAUACCAAAAGGACCAAAGCCUGGAUCUGUGAGAAAUGCUGUGCACACUCCAACCUUGCUUACUGCCAAUCAAUUCUAACACCUUUAUUCUCUUCCAGCUCUCAGUAUCGUGCUUGAAGAACUCGUUUUCCAAUAAGCGUUCGCAUUAUCCAAGUGUCUGCGUGAUCUUUGUGCAUAUGUUUGUGAACGUGUCAUGCAUAUAUUAAAACGAUGUGUAUGCAUAUGUAUAUACCUAGUUAGGUUUUCUUACUGAUUUGUAAGUAUUAACAAUUUUUAUUUCAUACUGAAUGUGUUUUUACCGUGUCUUUUUAUAGGGUUUUUUAAUCUUGCGAAUGAAUUUUUUUUUUUGCUUCUACAACUCGUGCUGUUUUUCUCUUUGUAAUCAGUGCUUCUUUUCGAGUCUGAACACUAUUCUGCAGAGGACCCUGGUCUUAACCAAUGCACUUUUUAACCUAUUUCAUUUAAAUUUGAAUUGAGUGAAUGAACGAAUGAUGUUGGCUCUGACUGCUACUUUUUGUAUAAAUAUAUUGUACAGCAAGACAACAGUGACCACUAUCUACUGGGGUGUUUGAUCAAGAGCGAGAGCAAACAAGAAAUAAAUGCAAAGUCCCUUUGUCUCA